CUCAUAUCUCAUUCUCAUAUUAAACGGUCUUGAAAUAAGACGUUUCCUGUUCCAUUAGAGUCGUCCGACGAAAUGGGCCAAUACGGCCUGCGAGCCGAAGAUGGCAGGGCCAUCGUCGCCAUCAUGGCGGUUAUCGGAGUAGUGUCCAUAGCGUCUGUGGCGUUGCGCAUUGUGUCAAGGAGAAUGAGAGACCUGAGUCUGGGACUAGACGACUAUCUAAUUAUGUUAGCAAUGCAAGAUGGCUCGGAUCGCCCCGACACAAAACAGGCAAGCGGCUUUGCAGCCAUCCACCUGAACGACGGCUCGAAACAGAAGUACGGUCUCCAGCUGGGGAAUCUUGUCGUCAAGAAGACCUUUGUCGAUACAGGAAAGACGAGUGUACUCGGUUACUUAAGAAGUAGGCUAAAUUUUCUUACGAGAGUUUAUGAAGAUGGGGAGAGAGGUGCUUUGAGGGAGGAAGAGGGGAGGGUGGACUGA